UCCCACUGCUCUUAAAGUAGCAAGUAAGAAGAAGCAUUGGCUUCACGUGACAUAUUCGCUGUCAUGUCCGUGAUCGAGCUUCUUUCAUCGAUGCCAUUACAACUGAUCCUGUCAUGACUUGUAAAACUCUUGAUUCCAUCAUGAUCUCUUCUUCUUUCUAUAUGUUCUUCUUGUUGUUUGCUGUCUACUUGAUUUCUCCGGUGAGAUCAUCAAGCGACCUCGAAGCUCUACUGAGUUUGAAAACAUCCAUUGAUCCUUCAAACUCGAUUCCAUGGAGGAGAGGAACAGAUCCUUGCAACAACUGGGAAGGAGUUAAGAAAUGCAUAAAUGGAAGAGUCUCAAAGCUUGUUCUUGAGAAUCUGAACCUCACUGGAUCACUCAACUACAAGAGUUUGAACAAGUUGGACCAACUUAGAGUUUUUAGUUUCAAAGGCAACUAUCUCUCUGCCUCGUUCCUUAACUUCUCCGGUUUGGUCAACCUCAAAUCUCUUUAUCUCAACGAUAACAACUUCUCCUGCGUGUUCCCUCACUCGCUGACGUCUCUACACCGUUUGAAAACCAUUGUUCUUUCCGGAAACCAGUUCUCCGGCAAGAUUCCUACCUCGUUGCUCCGUCUUUCCCGCCUUUACACGUUUUACGUUCAAGACAAUCUCUUCUCCGGUUACAUUCCUCCUCUCAACCAAACAACUCUCAGAUUCUUCAAUGUCUCCAACAACCAGCUCUCUGGCAAUAUCCCACCAACACAAGUGCUGAAUCAGUUCAAUGAGUCGUCUUUUACUGGUAACAUUGCUCUCUGCGGUGAUCAGGUUCAAAAGUCAUGCAAUGACACCGCAGGAAUCACUUCAACCCCAUCAGCAAAGCCAGCGAUCCCUAUAGCCAAAAGGCGGAACAGAGCAAAUCUUAUUGGAACCAUUGCUGGAAGCAUCAGUGGUGGAAUUGUGAUACUUCUUCUGCUCACAUUGCUUCUCGUAUGUCAGCUACAGAGACAGAAGCGAGUCAAAUCCAAGAGAGAUGUGAGGAGAAGCAAAGCUGUGGUAGAGUCAGAAGGAGCAGUGGCGGUAGAAACAGAGGAAGGCACCAGUGACCAGAAUAACAACAAAACGUUCUCAUGGGAGAGAGCAAGCGAAGAAGGAUCAGUGGGGACUCUUGUUUUCUUGGGAAGAGACAUCACGGUUGUGAGAUACACCAUGGAUGAUCUACUCAAAGCUUCUGCGGAAACGUUGGGAAGAGGAACGUUAGGGAGCACUUACAAAGCGGUGAUGGAGUCUGGUUUCAUCAUUACUGUUAAGAGGCUCAAAGAUUCAGGGUUUACUCGCAUGGAGGAAUUCAAAAGACAUAUUGAGAUCCUUGGUAGGCUCAAGCACCCUAACUUGGUGCCUCUCAGAGCUUAUUUCCAAGCUAAAGAAGAGUGCUUGCUCGUUUACGAUUACUUCCCUAAUGGAAGUCUCUUCUCUCUUAUCCAUGGAAGUAAGGCUUCUGCGAGUGGGAAGCCUCUACACUGGACAUCAUGUCUGAAAAUAGCAGAGGACUUGGCCAUGGGUCUGGUCUACAUUCAUCAGAAUCCUGGCUUAACGCACGGGAACUUGAAAUCAUCUAAUGUUUUGUUAGGUCCUGAUUUUGAGUCCUGCCUAACGGAUUAUGGUCUUAUUGAUCUGCAUAACUAUGACUCAGUUGAAGACACGAGUGCAGCCUCUCUCUUUUACAAAGCUCCUGAGUGCAGAGACUUACGCAAGACCUCGACACAACCCGCUGAUGUCUAUAGCUUUGGAGUACUCAUUCUUGAGCUUCUAACAGGUAGAACUUCAUUCAAGGACCUUGUUCAUAAGUACGAGUCUGAUAUCUCCGCAUGGGUGCGUGCGGUGAGAGAGGAAGAGACUGAAUUAAGUGAGGAGCUGAAUGCUUCUGAGGAGAAACUUCAGGCGCUUUUGAGCAUAGCGACAGCUUGCGUGGCUGUUCAGCCUGAAAACCGUCCUAUGAUGAGAGAGGUGUUGAAGAUGGUGAAGGAUGCAAGGGCCGAAGCAGUACUGUUCUCAUAUAACAGCAGCGAUCAUUCGCCUGGGAGAUGGUCCGAUACAGUUCAAAGCUUGCCGAGGGAGGAUCAUAUGAGCAUUUGAGGCAACCGAAGUUGUUGUGCCUUGUCCAUUGUUUUGAUUUUUGAAGUAUCUCUAGUGAGUUCGUAGUGUAAAAGGUUUUAAUUGAUGCCAUUUUGAUUCCAUAA